AUGGGGUUGAGUAAGGACUACAAUGCUAAUGGUCUCGAUCAGUGGCACUGCGACUCUGCAAGUAUCCCUGGCAGCCAGGGGUUCAGAGCCGAGGAAUUAGGGCCGUCCAUCCUGAGAUCCCCAUCUGCCUCAUCAAUAUGCGAUACGCACACAGACACCCAUAGCUCGUCUUUGCCUCUCAAGCUCGUUGAUUGGAGUGUUCUACCUGAUGGGCCGAGUCGCGGACCUCUGUCUCCACAGCAAGCCAGACAGACCUCUCUCUGUCCACUAUGUACGUUGUUGAAGCUUUGUGUCAAGAUUGCAGUUGAGACUCCAGUAAAGGUCGAAAUGCCAUCCCAGAAAGGCAAGUCAAUAAUGAAUGUCCUUGCACAAGCUGUAACGGUCGUCGUUCCCACGCUCCGCUUGAACAGAACACUUUGGGCAACGGUUGAGAAGCCGAAACAAGACACUACUAGGUACAAGUUGUGCUGUAUGUCAUCACUGACGUCCACCCUGCUGUUUUAUUGUCAUCAACCUGAGAUUCUUCUGCCUGGCACGGAGGUUGGCCGGUGCGAAUUUGGUCGAGAUGACGGAUGGACAGUUAAAUUCGUUGACCAAGCAAGAUCGAAACGGAAGAACCCUGCUGAUAACAGCGGUUUGCAAAUGGCUCCAUUCGAUCAGUGA